AUGAGCGUAAAAGGGCCGGGCUACAGCAGCUUAUACAAGAUCAAGGAGAUGUAUUAUGCUUUUCGUCCGAGCAGUGCAACAUACACUCCCGAACAAUAUCCCGAUCUUAAUGGUAAAUUGGCCGUUGUCACCGGUGCAAAUACUGGCAUUGGAUUCCAAGUGAUGAAAUUACUGUAUUCGAAAAACUGCAAUGUUUUAUGCAUUGUCAGAAGCCAGGAAAAAGGCGUCGCGGCUCGCAAGCGUGUUUUGGACGAGGUAAAAGACAGUUCUGGUUCGAUCCAGGUUGUAGGGGGAUGUGAAAUGGGAUCGUUGGAAAAGGUGAAAACGGCAUCAAACGAUAUUGCCAAAGCUAUUAACGGAAGACCAAUAUGCCUUAUAGUGCAUAAUGCAGGCAUUAUGCCUAGUGCCAACACGGCAACAUCCGAAGAUGGAUUUGAGAACAUAUUUGCAGUCAACGUUAUGGGCCCACAACUCUUGCAGCAUUAUCUGGACCCAUUGUUUUUGAAGAAGGACGACGAUAUGAAGCGGAUAGUGUGGGUCUCAUCUAGUGCGCAUUUUUAUGGGUUCAGUGACUACGGGAUUAACUGGGAAAAUCCAACGUUUGAACAUGUCGAGAUCAAGGACAGACCAUCUGCCACGACUUUGUAUGGUCAAUCUAAAGCUGCUAAUAUUUUCCAAGCAAAAGCCUGGGCUACAAAGCACAAGGAAAUCGUCGACAAGAUUGGAUGCGUAUCUGUUUCCUGCUUUCCCGGGUUAAUACAAACCGAUCUUCAAAGAGAUAUCACAUCUCCGUUGGCUAGAAAGCUAAUAAGUUGUAUGUUUUUUGAAAGCCAUUAUGGGGCCUAUAGUGAAUUAUUUGCUGCUCUCUCUCCAGAAUUGAAAAGCACUGACCAAGGCGCUUACAUCGUUCCAUUCGGAGAAGUCCAUGACCCGCGGUGUGACAUAAAGGUUGGGCUCGAAAAUGGGAUAGACUUGAAACUAUGGGACUUUGUAGAGUCAAAGAUAUCGUCCUUCUUUUGA